AUGGGCAAGUUCUGCCAGAUUGUCGUGGGACCGGCAGGAUCUGGAAAGUCAACGUAUUGCGCAAUUCUUCAGGACCACUUCUCCCUUCUGCACAGAACAGUGAAUGUCUUUAACUUUGACCCGGCGUCGGAGACCAUCCCCUACUCUGCUGCUGUAGACAUACGCGAGUUUGUCUCGGUUCAGGACGUGAUGGAGUACUGCAGCCUUGGACCAAACGGCGCCCUUGUCUAUGCGCUCGAGUACGCUCUCUCAGAUCCCUUGCAGCAAUCGUGGCUCGACGACGCACUGGGAGACUACCCAGACGACUACCUCCUCAUCGACUUCGCGGGGCAGGUCGAGCUUUUCACCUAUUACGACUGCAUAGGGAUCCUGAGCCGUGUGCUCCAGACGCGCGGAUACACCGUCCUGCUUGUCUACAUAGCAGAGGCCCAGAAGUUCCAGACCCGGAGCUCCUACCUUUCCACCGUCCUGGUCGCCAUGAGCGCCAUGAGCAGCUGCGGCACGGCCUUCCUGCCCGUGAUGAGCAAGGUCGAUUUACUUGGGUCGGAGCUGCAGGCGCGGCUCCUUGGUGCGGGCCACGACGAGCUGCAGGACCUCGUGGCCAGCAUGGCGGAGCCCCGCGUGGCCAGGACGCGGCCCCUCGACGCCGCGAUCGAGCAGGCCGUCGUCGCAGAGGGCGGGCUCUGCUUCGUCCCGUACACCGCGACGGAGCCGGAGACCGUCCACGCCGUCGCGGCGCGCGCAGACCUGAUCCUGGGCUUCGGGGAGGACGAGGAACCCCCGAACCCGCCCGAUCUUGAGUAA